AUGUUUAUCGCAAUAAUAGGAUAGUAUCGAGUAUAAUUGUAUUUUUAUAGGCCUAUUAAACAUAAUUCAAUUUCCCCUCAGCCGCUAAUAUAGGCAAUCUAGGUUUAAGAUACUUUGUUCUGUGUGGUCUGCGAUCAUAAAGAAAAAAUGAUUGUCUUGGAAGAUAAAAAAGUUAUAGCAUCGUACUCUUUUCAGUAACGAUAGUUUCAAAAAUAUAUCGGCUCAAAUAUUCUAACGAGUCGAUACAUGAGUCACCAGGAAUCCAGGAAGGCGCCUAUUUCAAUUUCAAUUUUUCGAACUUCCGUUGUACUUCCGUAUUCUGAAAGGGCAUGCUUCUGUGUCUGGGUUGUGCAAACAAAUAAAACCCUUUCCUUUGUUCUUUCCUUCUGAUUCAGUCGUUUUAUUAACAGCAGCAGUCAUAACCGUUUGAAGAGAGCAGCAUGGCAUCAAAUCUGAGAAAAGCAGGAUCUGCGAUUCGUAAAUCCUUUCGCUCCAGGAGGUAUGCAAUGUUUGACACCAAAGAAAAUGACUACAUCGUCGAUUCGCCGUCACGCUUUCGUACCCGUACUCAUUCUGACUCGGAAGCUGCAGAGGACAAUUGUGGUAGAGGUGUGAACGUAGAAGAGGAUGCUGCCAACACCACAGCACCUGCUGUUGGACUGCGCAGAGGAACAAGCAUGACACAAUCAAUGCGGCAAGCUGUUGGAACGAUUAAACAGAAAUUGAGAAUGUCAACCCGGAGACAUUCAAGGCUUGGAGAGAACCAGUCACCGUCUCGUGGAGGAAGACGACGACACUCCCUUGGUGGUGUACGCAAGAGCAAGAACAUCAAAAUGUCCUCGCCAUUUAAGAUUGAUACACCGAGCCGAGCAUCAACCAGGAAUGGGAUAAAAACAUGCCUGUCCAUGGAGACUCCUACGCGGCUUCGUCGUGAAGUGGAAGCGCUCACCUCCAACUUGCAGGCUCUGAGCACCCUCACACCGAACACGCUACACGCCAGACGGAGCACAAGGCAGUCCUCACCUUUGACUUUGACCAAUGGGAGUUUGAGGACGCAGAAGACCCCUCGGCUGACACCUCCCUUGACUAAUGGCAGUUUGAAGACACCCCGGUCAAGUCGCCGCAGAAUCACAACUGACAUCUACUAAGUCCAGAAUUGUCGUUCCUUUCAUCAUACAGAUGUAAAUUGAGGGACGCUCUAGACUAGUGACCGUUGUGUUGUUGUGCCUGGAACUUUGAUUCGGUGCACCCAGUACUCUAGUAAAAUCUUGUACCAGGAGUUCGGGAGAAAAGUCACUUCCUGCACAAAUGCAUGCUGCAAGAACCACUAUUGCCGAGGAAUAUUUGCAUUUUUCUACAAUAUAAUGCUGUACCGUGAAUGAAUGAAGCCCACGUGUGGUUCGUGCUUGUGAUAAACAAAGCUGUAGCUGUUAACAAACAUCUUUUGUUAAUGGAUCAGGUGUUUGUGUGUGUUUUUCAAGACAAUUAUUUGAGAACCAAAUAAAUGCAUGUUUCAGAGGUGCCAGGUUUCUGGAUCAAUCCGGAUUCCUGAA